AUGAUCGUUCUUUGUUGGGGACCAGGAAUGUGCACGAAUAUCCACGAUCAUUCUGGUUCCCAUUGUUUCGUGAAAAUGCUCGAAGGACAACUCAAGGAAACACGGUUUGCUUUUCCUGAAGAAAACACUACUGGAGUGCCGCUUGUAAAAACUGGUGAAUCGUAUGCAGCGGUGAACGAAGUCACUUAUAUGAGCGGGCUCAGACUGAUCAGCUUGGCCUUCCAUCGGAUGGAAAAUCCAAGUCACUCGGAAAACGCUGUCAGUCUGCACGUCUACUCUCCUGCCUACGAUAAAUGCAAUCUUUUCGACCAAAGGACAAGUGAGUUCGCACUUCAGGUGGAAAUGCGCAAAUAA